AAGACUUUUCUGUUUCAAGAAGCAGAAUGGUUUCCAUGGAUCUCUCUGCCAGCAUCACUCUUCUCUUGACUAUCUCCUGCUGCCUGUGGAAUACCGAAUCUCGAACGUAUUCUUCCGUGCUCAGUGUGCCAAAUGGGAGUUCUUGGGGUGAAUGGGGUCCAAUUUCAUUUUGCUCUUCUGGCUAUGCUAACGCCUUCUCCCUGAAGGUGGAAAAAGACAAUUGGACUCUUGACAAUACAGGUCUGAAUGGAAUCCGCUUGUACUGUGAUGACGGCACAGAAAUUGAGUCUAGAGUUGGACCGUGGGGAACGUGGACCAGAAACCUAUUCUGCAAUAAAAGCUAUUUGGUUUCUUAUUCUCUGAGAGUGGAACCACGUAAAGGAAUUCUUGAUGAUACAGCAGUUAACAACAUCAAGUUCAAAUGCAGUGAUGGUGUUGGCCGGAGAGGCUUUGGCACUACAUUGGGUAAAUUUGGCCCAUGGAGCCAGAGCUGCCAAUCAAAUGGUAUAUGUGGGAUGAGAACAAGGAUGGAGGAUGCACAGGGCCUUGGUGAUGAUACAGCACUCAAUGAUGUGGUUUUUUACUGUUGUUAAUGGUUGAUACAUGUUUCCUCGCCUCUAAAUAUACUUUUGCUAUGUAUUUUCAAAGACUGUUAAUUAUAGUUAAAUAUUAACUUGAGAAUAAAGGGUGUGUUUGUGCAUAAUGUGGUAGUACAAGGUAACCAUUCCCCCAAGUGUUACCUCUUCAAACAGUCCAGAUUAGAGAGGCAUAAGGAAAGUAGCAGAAACCUCAAGCACUGCAAGUGAUUGACUGUCUUCCCUCUCACCAUUUUGAUCCAAGUCAUAGCACCAAGCUAUAAUACCAUACCAUGCUUGCUUGCAUGCCAAUAAAACUAUGUUGCAUCUUCUGUAUUUGGUGGGAGUAUGAAUAGAAUUUCUUCUGCAUGAUUCAUUUUCAAUAACUUUUUCAACCUAAUGUUCCCAAUUAUUUUUGCUGCUGAAUAUACAUGUCCCUGGAUGAAGUUGAAAGAUCUAAUCUGGGUUGGUCACUGGGACCAGAGGUUUUGUCUUCCAAGCUUUCAGACUUGUGCUGGAGCCCAUCUUCAGGGAACUUCUCUCUAUCAGAGAGAAGACUGUGUGUGGUAUUUAUAGUAUCUAUUGUAAGUUAGAUGUUCAACAUUCCAAAAUGUCUAAGCAUUUCUGAAUCCAGCUGUGUGGAAUAGAAUAAAAUGCUUUCUUAUAGUCAA